UCUCCCCGGAAGCCGCAGCAACAUCAACAACAACAACACCAUCAUCAUCGCAAUUCCACCUACGACCCGGUCCGCAACCCGCAGCCAUCGUCGUCGUCCUCUCGUCGCCACAGCCGCCACGGCUCUUCCUCUUCCUCCUUCUCCCGUGCUGCCCCUCCCGACUCUCCUGCCAAGCAAGACCAUGACCCUGCUGGUGUAGCCCGACACUCCUCGACCAAGCACUCGUCGUCGUCAGGCAGCAAGAGGCACUCGAACCCUCCCCUCGCCCCAAUCUCCACACGAGCACCCGACUCAAAGGGCGUCCAUCGUCGAAGCAGCACUCGCUCCAACUCGUCGCGCCACGGUGAGCACCGCGACCGUCGCCAUCCCCACGCCGACAUGGCGGGCUCCACCGCUGCAGCUGCUGCUGCGGCAGAGCCUCUCCCUCCUGUCAUGCAGGCGGCGGCAGAGGCUCGCGCAACGGGUGCCCGUACAAAAACAACGCGCACCUCAAUCCCUACGCAAUCAGGCAAAUGGAUACUCGGCAAGACUAUUGGCGCCGGAAGCAUGGGCAAGGUCAAACUUGCCCGCAAGGAGGACGGGUCCGAACAGGUUGCUUGCAAAAUCAUCCCUCGCGGAUCCACCGAGGAUAACCACCAGUCUCGUGCUGAAAAGGAGCGAGCCGAUCAGUCGAAGGAGAUCCGAACUGCACGUGAGGCAGCUAUUGUUACACUGCUGGACCACCCGAAUAUCUGUGGACUGCGUGAUGUAGUGCGCACCAACUACCACUGGUACAUGCUGUUCGAAUAUGUCAAUGGUGGCCAAAUGCUCGACUACAUCAUCUCCCACGGCAAGCUCAAGGAGAAACAGGCCCGCAAGUUCAGCCGGCAGAUCGCAAGCGCACUUGACUACUGCCACCGCAACAGCAUCGUCCACCGCGACCUCAAGAUCGAAAACAUCCUCAUCAGCAAGACCGGCGACAUAAAAAUAAUCGACUUUGGUCUGAGCAAUCUGUUCUCGCCACGUGGGCAUCUCAAGACUUUCUGUGGCAGUCUAUACUUCGCCGCGCCCGAACUGCUCCAAGCCCGAGCCUACACUGGACCUGAAGUCGACGUGUGGAGUUUUGGUAUCGUGCUCUAUGUGCUGGUCUGCGGCAAGGUUCCCUUUGAUGAUCAGAGCAUGCCUGCCUUGCAUGCCAAGAUCAAGAAGGGAACCGUCGAUUACCCUGGCUGGCUCUCAAGCGAAUGUCGUCACCUCUUGUCCCGUAUGCUCGUGACUGACCCAAAGGCACGCGCGACGAUGCAUGAGGUGCUAAAUCACCCUUGGAUGAUCAAGGGCUACAACGGGCCACCAGAAAAUCAUCUUCCAACACGCGAGCCCCUGACCCUUCCCUUGGACCAGGAUGUCAUCAGCGCUAUGACAGGUUUCAACUUUGGACCUGCAGAGGCUAUCAAGAGCCAGCUUACACGUCUGGUCGAUUCCGAGGAGUACAAGAGAGCUAUCUCAAUGCUUCAAAAAGAAAAGGACCUGCCGACUCCGUCUAGAGAUAUUGAGAAGAAGCGCGGAUUUGGUUUCGACUUCUAUAAGCGAAGGAACUCGUCAACAAGCCGUGACAAUCUGACAGCACCGAGCACUGAAGCGUUGCAGCUGGGUAGUGACCCGCUGAACGCCUUCAGCCCCCUCAUCUCUGUUUACUACUUGGUCAGGGAAAAACAAGAGCGAGAUAAGGUUGAGACAGUGCCCAAGUCUCACCCGCCAAAGAAUGUGGCAGAGACUCCUAUGCCAGAGGUCGUGCCACCUCCAGAGGCGCAUACCAACACAGCAACCUACGAAAUGGCCGGAGAGAGGGCUACUGGGGGCAGGUCACGGCCACGAGCGAGAACCCAUGGCGAGGACGAUGCGCCGGAAGAGAUCAAGCAAGAUCGUCUUGCACCUCCCACCCCAAGCGCUGCCGAGACGCCGGCUGAUGCGCCCAUCAAGAAGGAGAGCACGGCCGCCGGCAUUCUCCGACGAUUCAGCACCCGCCGUCGCCGGGAGCCGGAAAGAUUGGACAAAGACCGCUCCCAUCCCCCGGUUGUCCAGGUACACUCGCCGGCUGUUGAGACUCCUGCAACACCAACGAUGCCUCGCAAGAGCUUCAGCAUUCGCAAAUCAAGACGUGAUCGCGAUGAGCACCAAGGAGCCAGGCUCAGAUCCGGCAGCAGCCAGCCUCAACACCGCGACCUGCUAAGCCCACCAGCAUCCGCUGGAGGAGCUGGUGCGAGCGGCAAAGGCCUUGGUCGGUCCACGAGUGUGAGCUCGGCCGACUACCGACGGCGACCGUUUGGAUCUGCAAGCAGAAUCGCGAAGGACCCCCCGCCUACCAGUGGCUCAGAUCAGUCGAACACCGAGAAGGCAGCACCUGAGCAGCCCAAGGAGCGACCCACACUAAACAGCCGCGCUGCUUCCAUGAGGGCGAAAUCCCUGGGACAUGCCCGAAGGGAGAGCAUCCAGGCUCGUAGAGCACGGAGAGAAGGUGCCAAGGCAGCUGACGUGCCUGAGGAGACGGACCAGGAAGCGGGCGAGGCCAGCGGCAACUCUGCCGAGCGCUUGGAUGAGUCUGAGCUUGCUAAGCCAGUCUUCCUCAAGGGCUUGUUCAGUGUUUCGACAACAUCCACCAAGUCUGUGACUGCCAUUAGAGCCGAUGUCAAACGCGUCUUGAAGAUGCUCGACAUUGACUACACGGAGAUACGAGGAGGAUUCAGUUGCCGCAACGCUCCCAGCGUUCUCCUCAAGAAGAGUCAAGAAGCUCCCUUGAGUCCGGCAGCCACCCCAGGCCACCGUCCGCGCCUGAGUUUUGGCUUCCGACCUGAUAGAGAGCGGGAGGAGAUUAGAGAGAUGGAUAAGGCACCGCCCACACCCCGAACUCCAGGCAAGGCGCCCGCUGAGCGAGGCGAUUCUACCUCGGAGCUCUCGGAGCAGGAAGACCACCGCCGAGACCCAUCCGGGUCGGCACGACGGGUGCCGGGCGAGACCACCACCCAUGUGCAGAGCGACCUUGGCGAUAGCAAGAGGAUGGCGUUUGAGGUGUUGAUUGUCAAGGUCCCCCUCCUGUCGUUGCACGGGCUGCAAUUCAAGAGGAUCGAGGGCAACACCUGGCAAUUCAAGAACCUUGCGGAUCAGAUCCUCAAGGAGCUGCGCCUGUAAUGCAGGUGAGCAGAGUGGAAUCUGGAGCACGAGCAAUCUGGUGAAUUCGACACGACUGCAUCAAGAUGGAGCGAUAGCGGGUUUGUCGUGUUAUAAUGUUCAAGCAUUCGCGCAGGAAGGAGGCUUUCAUUUUCUUUUCCAGGCCAUGGACUGGCAGCACAACAACAAUAACAUAGAGCGCACCGAGCAUGAGCAUCUUUUUAUAAUUCUUCAUAUUACUACUU